AUGGAUCCCGGCACUGCUUUGGCCGUCAUCGGGAUGGCAACUAGCAUUAUUGGGACUUGCGUCAGGAUUGUCGAGGACAUCAAGGAAGCCCCGAGUGAUAUACAGCUGAUCAGGAGCGAAGUCUCUUCGCUGAAAACAAUCGUCCAAGAAUUUCAAACCCCACAACUCGCUUCUAUUCCUGGCCUGAUCGACCACUUGCCUGCUUGUCAUGACCGGCUCACUCGCCUCAGAGGCCUUCUUCCUUCCCAAACAACCACACGGCCCAAAUGGGAGCGGCUAAACUGGUCGCGCAAGUCAUCCCAGGCUCGCAAGCUCUUACUUGAACUAUCCCAGCAAAAGACUACAAUGCUCCUAUCCCUCGCUAAUCAUUCUGCACAAGAGUUGACUACCAUUUUGGCCACAGUGCAGAGACUCAAAGACAAGCAAACAGAUACCGAGCGCCAAAAGAUCUUCAAUUGGCUAGAAAAGACCAAUCCGUCAGCAAAGCACAAUCAGUCCUUCGAGCUGCAUGAGAAACAUACUUCGGAGUGGAUUCUCAGACUCCCCAAAUGGGAAGACUGGCUUGAUCAAACCGCAUCAACCCGCUUUCUUUGGCUUUCGGGAAUUCCAGGCUCUGGCAAAGCAGUCCUUACCUCGUUCCUCAUCGAAGAGGUGAAAUCCUUCUGCAAGACCUCAGCCCAGGGAUGGGCGUACUACUACUGUCUCUUCUCCAACAACCAAAAUGAAACAAUCCCGUUUCUUUGCUGGAUUGUCUGCCAGCUUGGCUGGCGAGCGAGAUUUGUACCUCACAAUAUAGUGUCCCUUUACGUUGAGAGUAUUGCUCCCAAAGUCCCAGAUCUGGAAGAUGCGCUUGAGGAAAUACUAGCAACCCAACUCGAUGUCGCUUUCGUUCUCAUUGACGGCGUAGACGAGUCCGAGGAGCGUGAAGAUCUUGUGGCGAUCAUCCGCUCAUUGGCACAGGAUGUCCGAUUCGAAAAACUACGACUUCUUGCCAGCAGUCGCAUGUUGCCGGAUAUCCAGCAAGGCUUCGGUGCCUCGUGUGUCGCCAUCUCCAUGUCAAAUCCAGAGGUCGACAAGGACAUAAGAACAUACAUCAAGUUGGCAUUGGCGCCUAGCGAACGUCUAAAUAAGUGGUAUAAAAAUAAUCUUGUUGAUGUUGAAGAUGCUCUGGUUGCAGGCGCCAAGGGAAUGUGA